AUGACGAACUGCACACGAAUAGCUCUACCAACCCUGGUCAUAAGUUCAACUUUCCAUCCUGGCAGAAGGCUGGCCACUCUAUCAACAAUGGCCUCAACCUGGUCCCUUGAGAGUUUCUUGGAAGACAAAGGCAAACCGAGUGAUGGAUGGGACCGCACAACCCAGUUGGUUUCACUUGCUUGUUUAUUGCUUGAUCCCUAUUAUCGAACUUUCAGUGGAUUCCAGGCUCUUGUUGAAAAGGAUUGGUUAGCAUUUGGUCAUCCAUUUGCAGAGAGAAUGGGAGUUCCAACAGUAUCUGAGAAUGGGGGGUCACAGUAUGAGCUACUAAGGCAACCUUCGCUCGGAAAUUUAAGCAGUUCCCCGAGUAGGAACACUUUAGGGCGGCCAGGGCCAUCCUCUAAUUCUUCAGUGCAAUCCCAGACAUCAAACAACACUUCACCAAUAUUGUUACAGUGGCUUGAUUGUAUCUCACAGUUGUUACGUCUGUACCCAUCUGCAUUUCAGUUUUCAUCUAAAUUCCUAGUUGAUUUUAUGGAUUGUGUGCUAUCGUGUCGCUUUGGGAACUUCUUGUGCAAUAGUGAACGAGAAAGGGAGCAAUCUGGUGUCACAAUCUCCUGUCGUUGCAUGUGGUCACAUUUGGCUAAUCUGAGAGCUUCUGGCGGCAGCUUCCAUGAGCACUAUAAUCCAUAA